GGAAGUAGUUAAGUUAACUAUGUUGUGUUGAUUUUCAGUUGGAAAAGACUGAGACGUCUGGAUUUAUCUGAACAGCCUUUUCAGAGUUUCGUCUUCUGUUUCACUCAUUAAUACAAAAGUGAAAGAAAUUGGCGCAAACUUCUGAAUCAGUCAAUGGGAAUAAUCUAACAAUGUUCAGCUUUGAGGGAGAUUUUAGAAGAAGACCCAAGGUGUCACUGGGAGGAGCGAGCAAAAAGGAAGAGAAAGCAUCUUUGUUGCACCGUACUCAAGAAGAAAGACAAAAAAGAGAGGAUGAAAGAAAGCGAUUGAAGAAUGCCAUCAUCAUUCAGUCCUACGUACGUGGCUACCUGGACUUGAAACGACAGUAUGGUAUUCAGAGGGCCCAGUUUGAUGAGUGGGUCAGCCAGACACAGGGAGGGGGAGCUCAACAUGUUCUCGAUAGUGCUGGUCUCUGCCUCUUAUCAAGACAACUCAUAUUUUUCUACAGACAGAAUAUAGAUGCACAUAGAUUGAUAUGGCUAUGCCAGAAUCUGGUGAAACACAACCGCCAGUUUGUGAAACUGUUGGUCAGCCCGCAGAAGCAAACCUGUAUUUUUCAAAUCAAGAGGAUUUUAGGCUUCUGCUGCAGACUUCUGCAAAACUGCACAGAUGAUAGUUUAAACGUUGCAGUUCCCAUGCGCAUGUUAGAAAUAUUUUCUUCAGAGAGAACCUAUCUUCCUGUUAUUCCAGAUGCUGAAUAUGUAGCGUCAUUACUCGAGCAGAUUUUGCACUAUAUGGUACAGAAAGGUUACUACAGGUCGCUGUAUACUCUCGUAAAUCACAGGCUCCCCUCCAGUCUGGAGUACAGUGGAUCUCCCUCUAUCCCUCUGGCAAGCACAUUGUUGGAGCACAUCCUCAAACCUCUGCACUUUACUUACUCCUCAUGCACAACAGGCGCAAGGCAGUUUGUGUUUUCAGCCUUUACUGGGGAGUUCAUCUCUGCGCCAUUUACCGAGCAGAUCUUUCACUUCUUUAUCCCGGCACUCUCGGACCGCCAUCUCUUAUUCCCAUUUGAGGCCUUCCUGAGCUCUCUCCAGGGCACGGUUGGCUCUUCAUCAUCAGCUCAUAGCCAGGCACCGUGGCUGCUGUACUUUGUCCUCUCUGCGGGGGAGAACUGCUUAGGAUCACUCACGGAGGAGGGUCUGCUGCUUUACCUCCGAGCUCUGCAAACACUGCUGCCACUGCUGCCAGUGUCAGAGAGCAGCAGCAGGCCUGAAGUUACUAGUGACUCCGAAGAUGACGAUGAUGCUAACGUCCACCCAUUACCCAUGCAGGAUGACAGACGGAUUUCUGUGCAGCUGAUAACAGAAGAAUGUGUCCACAAGCUGGACACCAAGCAACAGACCAACGCCCUGCUGAACCUGGUGUGGAGGGAUUCAGCCAGUGAGGAGGUUUUCACCAUGAUGGCUUCCAUUUGUCACACACUCAUGGUGCAACAUCGUCUCAUGGUGCCAAAAGUCAGGCUUCUGUACAGUUUAGCUUUUAAUGCACGUUUCCUGAGGCACCUAUGGCACCUGAUAACUUCCAUGACAACUAAAAUGAUCACAGGUUCCAUGGUGCCGCUGCUACAGCUGAUCUCACGAGGGUCUCCCAUGACAUUUGAGGACUCGAACCGCAUCAUUCCUCUUUUCUAUCUCUUCAGCUCGCUCUUUAGCCACUCUCUAAUCUCCGUGCAUGACAGCGAGUUUUUUGGGCACGAAUUGGAAGGACAGGUGCAAUCGUCCAUGAUGCCCUUCACGCUGUCAGAGCUGGUGACUUUGUCUCGCUGUUUAAGAGAUGCGUGUCUAGGAAUCAUCAAGCUGGCCUACCCUGAGACCAAAACAGAACACCGAGAGGAAUACAUGGCUGCUUUCCUCAGUGUGGGUGUCAAGACUAACAGUGUGAUCCAGCAGCGCAUCCAGGCUGAGCAGAAGCGCUGGGUGCAGCUCUUCAAGGUCAUAACCAACUUGGUGAAGAUGGUGAAAGCUCGUGACAUCAGACGACCCUUUUGUCCAGCAGGUCACUGGCUUUCUCAGGAGGUCAACAUUCGAGCUGAUAAGGUCACUCAGCUGUACGUCCCAUCGGCGAGACAUGCCUGGAGAACACGGAGGAUGGGCCGUAUUGGACCUCUUCAGUCAACACUUGAUGUUGGUUUGGAGCCUCCACAGCUGUCCGUGUCUGAAGAGAGAAAUCUGGCCAUACUCACAGAGCUGCCCUUUGUUGUCCCCUUUGAGGAGCGAGUAAAGAUCUUUCAGAGGUUAAUCUAUGCUGACAAACGAGAUGUGCAGGGAGACGGGCCCUUCCCUGAUGGCAUCAAUGUCACCAUCAGACGCAACUACAUAUAUGAAGACGCCUACGAUAAGCUUUCUCCGGAAAACGAACCGGACCUAAAGAAAAGGAUUCGGGUCCAUCUGUUGAACGCUCAUGGUCUGGACGAGGCAGGCAUCGAUGGUGGUGGCAUAUUUCGCGAGUUCCUAAACGAGCUCCUCAAGUCGGGCUUUAACCCCAACCAGGGCUUCUUCAAGACGACCAAUGAGGGUUUGCUGUAUCCCAGCCCGACUGCAGAGAUGCUGGUGGGAGACUCUUUCACCAGACACUACUACUUUCUGGGCAGGAUUCUUGGAAAGGCGCUGUAUGAGAACAUGUUGGUGGAGCUGCCCUUUGCCAGUUUCUUCCUGUCCAAACUUCUGGGAACCAGUGCAGAUGUAGACAUCCACCACUUGGCCUCUUUGGACCCAGAGGUCUAUCGUAAUCUUCUCUUCCUCAAGAGCUAUGAAGGUGACGUGGAAGAGCUGGGCCUCAACUUCACCAUCGUCAACAAUGAUCUCGGAGAAGCUCAGGUUGUUGAACUGAAGCUGGGAGGCAAAGAUAUUCCUGUGACCACAGCAAACCGGAUAGCUUACAUCCAUCUGGUGGCCGACUACAGGCUAAACAAGCAGAUCAGAUCUCACUGCCUGGCCUUCAGACAAGGUUUGGCCAAUGUGGUCAACCUUGAGUGGCUGCGUAUGUUUGACCAGCAGGAAAUCCAGGUGCUGAUAUCUGGAGCUCAUGUGCCAAUUCUUCUUGACGACCUGAAAAACUUCACUAAUUAUUCAGGCGGAUACACAGCCAGUCACCCCGUCAUCACCAUCUUCUGGGAAGUGGUUGAUGGAUUCACAGAAGAAGAAAAGCGUAAGCUGUUAAAGUUUGUCACCAGCUGCUCCCGCCCACCACUGCUGGGCUUUAAGGAACUUCACCCGGCCUUCUGCAUUCAUAACGGCGGUUCCGACCUUGAGCGCCUGCCCACCGCCAGCACCUGCAUGAACCUGCUCAAACUCCCCGAAUUCUGCGACCAGCACUCGAUGAGGAACAAACUGCUGUACGCCAUCGAGUCCUCGGCUGGGUUUGAGCUGAGUUGAGCGGGGCGAUGGCUUCUCCAUCUCUGCAUCCACAGACUCGACGCCUCAGAGGUUGCUUUGGAGUUUAAAAAAAAAAAAAAACUCAAAAAAGAAGGAAAGCAAAUGAUGCACUGACUGAUUUACUGUGUGUGUGUGUUAGUGUGUGUGCUUGCCAAGCUGAGGGUGAGAAGAUACGAAGAGCAAGGGGUGAGGUGGGCUAGGAAGCCUUUUCUUUUAAAUACUUGCUCCUUUUAAGUAAUUUAAAUGUUAAGUGACUUAUUGGAAAUCUCCAGAAAAACAACAAUCCAGUUGACUCUUGCAGAAACUAUUGGUGCUGAAAGGAAAAAAAAGAGCAACAAUUUCUGUGUAAUUAACAUGAUUGGAGACUUGUUUUUCACCAAAGAUCAAGUAGCAUCGUGUGAAAAAGGCAAUAUAGCAGCAAGGCGGUUGGACUCUAAAGCCACCUUGUGGUGUACAAAGGGCUGCAGAGUUUUUGUGUACAGCUAUCAUGUAUUUUCAUGUAGAAGUCAUUGAAACUCCAGUUUGUGAUUUCUCAAAUAUUACAAUUACUUAUAGCUACAGUUAUGUCUAAUCACCAUAUUGUUUGUGCGCACAGCAUCUGAAGUGUAGUGACUGAUAUUGCUGGACUAAGGCGGGGAAAAGGACUGUAUGAUUAAGGUUUUGUGAAUAUGUACAUGUUUAGAAAAGCCCCUUCUGAGUCAUGUAUUUGGUAUUUGUACAGGUUUGCUGCUCUUCCCUUUGUGUGACAGAUGGAGGCUUUGUUUCCACCCGUGCCUGAAGGCGAACAAUCUCUUACCUGAAUAGCACAUGUAUCAUACAGAUGAGGCCUGUCGGUGUACCAACAGGGUGAGAAAAGAGUUUAUGGACAUAAAUAAACCCACUUUUCUUUUUUGCAUUUUCCUUCCA